AUGUCGUCACCACCAACUCCAGAACCUAUCACCAUCCGCAAGGUCGUUGUUACAAAGUUCAGCUCCGACCCGUCCGAGUCCCUGACCAUCGUCACCACGACUCUCCCACCCCCACCGGCCUCCCACGUCCAGGUUCAGGUUCUCUACUCGGGCUUCUCCGGCGCCGACGUCGCAAUGGCUCGUGGCAUCUACCCCAUGCAGCGUCCGGCCCCUCUCACGCCCGGCUACUGCAUGGUCGGCCGCGUCGUCUGUGCCGGGCCUCGCUCGAGCGGCCUCCCCAACACGGACUGGGAGCAGGGCACCCUGGUCACGGCCCUGACCGUCUACGACUCGGAAGCCGAACGCGUCAACAUCCCAGAAAGAUACCUCAUCCGCGUACAUGAGGGAAUCGAGCCGGCCGUCGCCACCGCCCUGACCCUGGACUGGAACACGGCGUACGGCAUGGUCGAGCACGCCGCUUGCGUGCGGCCCGGCCACGGCAUCUUCGUGCAUGGCCUCAGCGGCGCCGUCGGCUACGCUGUCGCAACUCUGUGCCUGCUACGUGGCGCCUCCGUUUUUGGCACGGCGUCUGACCGCAACCAUGAGAGUCUUGUAGGCCUUGGCGUGACCCCAUUCGUCUAUACGAACAAAGGUUGGAUCGACGCCAUGCAGGCGCAGGGCGGCGUCGACGCCGUCUUCGACCCCUUGGGAUUUCAGAGCUGGGAGGAGUCGUACUCGAUCCUCGCCACAACCCGCCCGUCGGUGCUGGUCGGGUAUGGGGGGAACCAGAACCUGCUGCCUUCGUCUUCGUCUCAAUCUGAGAAGGAGUCAGGGAAGGUUGGUGUAGUUGUCGACCAGAGAAAGCUUCCCAGUCAGGUCCCCCAAAUCGUCAAACUAGUAGCCAAAAAUCUCAAGCGCUUUAUCGGAGACAAUCGCCGCACUAUAUUCUACUACAUUGAACGCGACCACAAGGAUUUCCGUCCAGACCUCGAAACCCUGAUGGACUUAUGCCGCACGGGUAAAAUAACCGUGCCCAUAAAGGCCAAGUGGAACCUUGACCAAGUACGUGACGCACAUCGGGGCUGGGGCAAAAAGGAGGGCAUGGGCUCCAUGGUUAUUAAAUGCUCCGAAUAA